UUGAGCAAGGCGGCCGGGCAGGUUGUGCAAGGGCCGCUCUGCCCCAUAUAGGGCUGCCAGCGGCGGGACCCCCAGCCCCAGCCCCGCCAUGCACGGCCCCACGGCUGCCCUCUGCCUCGCCUGGGCCCUGGCCCUGGGCUGCGCCCGGCCCCUGACCCAUGAGAAACAUGGGGCAGGGGGAAUGGGGCCCUCCCACGGAGCUGAGCCCCCCGGCAAUGACACUGAGCUGUCGGAGCUGUGCGGGGACGACGGCGGCUUCGACGCGGUGACGCUCAGCGCCAACGGCACCAUGCUGCUCUUCCGAGGAGAGGAGGUGUGGGAGCGGUCCCGGGGGGGCCUGCGGCGUCGGCCCCUGGCCGCGGCCUGGCCGGAGCUGGGGGGCCCCGUGGAGGCGGCGCUGCGCAUCCACCGCCGGCAGCACCCCCAGGAGCACGACAGCCUCUACCUCUUCCAGGGCGAGCAGGUCUGGGCCUACGCCGGGGGGCAGCUGCGGGCCGGCUUCCCGCGCCGGGUGGGCGACGAGUUCCCGGGCAUCCCCGGGGGGCUGGACGCCGCCGUGGAGUGCCACCCCGAGGAGUGCGGCGGCGAGAGCCUCCUCUUCUUCAAGGGGGACGCGGCGUUCGCCUUCGACCUGGAGCUGCGGGUGGCCAAGCGGCGAGCGUGGCCGGCCGUGGGGCCCUGCGCCGCCGCCCUGCGCUGGCUGGAGCGAUACUACUGCUUCCAGGGCACCGGCUUCCGGCGCUUCGACCCCGUCACCGGCGAGGUGCCCCCCGGCUACCCCCGCGACCUCCGCGACUACUUCGUACCCUGCCCCGGCCGAGGCCACGGCUACACCGGCCCCGGGAAUGAGUCGCGGGCGGCUGCCGGCAACCGCUGCAGCGAGCUGCCCUUCGACGCCUUCGUCUCCGACGACUCCGGCCGCAUCUACGCCUUCCGCGGCGGGCAGUACCUGCGGGCGGACUCGGGGCGGGACGGCUGGCACGCCUGGCCCCUGGAGCACGCCUGGCCCCAGCUGCACGGAGAGGUGGACGCCGCCUUCGCCUGGGGCAACAGCAUGUACCUGAUACAGGGCUCCCAGGUCUCCAUCUACCGCUCGGACCAGGGCUACAGGCGGGUGGAGGGGUACCCGCGGGCGCUGCUCGACGAGCUGGGCGUCACCAGCGCCGACGCCGCCUUCACCUGCCCUCGCUCCGAGAAGCUCUACGUCAUCUCAGGGAACAGCCUGCGGCUGGUGAACCUGCUGGAGACGCCGCGGCGGGCGGAGGCGGCGGUGCCGCUGCCCCACGCGCACGUGGACGGGGCCCUGUGCACCGCCGACGGCCUCUUCCUCUUCUGCGGCCCCAACUACCACAAGUACCAGGGCGUGGAGGAGCUGCUGGGGGCCACCCAGCCCGCCCCCCGCAACGUCAGCACCGACUUCUUCCACUGCCCCCAGUGACGGGCGAUGCCCCCGGGCGCCCGAGCCCCGCCGCGGCCUGCCGGGAGCUGAGGAGCAACUCCGGGCCCGGCCUGCCUGCGUCUGCGCAGCCAAUAAAGCCGGCGGGACCCCCGA